UCUGGUGGGCUGUGAGAAGGUGGAUCAUACGAUUUAUUAGGACUUACCUUAUAUUUUUCUUCCUUAACUCACAUUUUCUAGGAUGAUUUUUAGAUGCAACCCAGUCUGUAGGGUCUGCCUACAGCCUCUCUACGUGGCUUACAACAAUUGGAUGAUUUUUAAUAUUUAGUUAAAGCUACAAUUCUUUUGGAAACUGAUAUGAUCCCAAACGAAUCAAUCUUCAAGUGGAAAUUGUUGAGUCAAGAACCCAAUUCAACUUGCUGGAAAGACCUGGGAUUUUGGUUAAGUAUGGGAGCUGUUUUGGGUAGCCCUCUUAGCAAGUAUAAUCCUCUCUAUUGGAUGGAUGAAAAUGGGUUUUGGAAGGUUUGGGUUGUAGAUGGUAACUCCCUUUGCAGCAUGGAGUGUUGGGGAGCUCGAUUUAAUGCUGGGAAGAGUGGUUUUCGAGCUUAUCAAAAGUCUAUCCCAACACAGGCAAACUGCCAGUUUUUGCCUAAGGCAUGGAACAGUUUCGAGAAGGCCACUUUGAAGCUCAGGGCACGACGAACGGCUGGGAAUCUGGCUUCAACGUUUAGUCCACAUGAAAGUUUGCAUUUUCUAGUACAGAAACAAGGUAUUGGGUGAUCCAAUCGGAAGCAGGAGGAUGGAGAACGAGGGCCUCCAAGUUGACAUCGACACCAGCUAGUUACUUGCAUUUUAAGUUUCCGUUUUGUAUUAGAAUUGGGACUGUUUUGGAUUACCUUAUUUGUUUUGGUUUCUUUGCUUUCCAGACUCAUUGUAUUCUCUAUUUAAGGCCUAGGGGACGUAUUGUACCAAGGGAGUUGAGUUGAUGAAUAAAAGAAAACCCUAAAAACUAAGUCUCGUAGCUAUAGUUUUUGGUUGAGAGCUUGGCCGAGAAAACCAAGUUCGACUUUGCUCUUGUAUCGAUCAAAAUCCCCUUGAUCGUGGGCGGGCUUCGACACAUACUUCUUGAGCCUUCCUCCAGGUGUAGGAUUGCACAAGGGUUCCAUCAUUGUUGUUCUUUCUAAUUGAAGAUUGGCGGCUUGGUUCUCGUUCAAGUUGCAGAGCUUGUUUGUUCAAGUUCGGGUUGAGAAUCAAACACCUUGGCUGGGUGUUAUCAGAAACUAAAACAUUUGCGGCGACGGAAGGCUCUGGCAAUCUCUUUUCCGAUGGAUUAAAGUUGCAAAUCUUUUGGAAAUGGAAAGAGUUGCACCGAUUAAGGCCUCCGUCGAUCUCUAUGGAUUAAAACAUUUUUUCCCACUAAAUCAUUCUCCAAAUCAUAAAAACACUGAACCAAAUUCAGAAUUGAACCUUAAAUAUGUUUUCGAACCUAGAGAAUUCUUCUUCAAUAUACUUGUGGCGAUUACAUUUGCAUCGUUGCUGGAGUAGUGUCAGGUCAUUGGCCUGAACAAAACGGAAGGAUCGCCGACUACAUUGGAGCAUAGAUCGCCGGAGGCCCGCGUCCCCGUAACUGUUUCCGUUUUCAAAAAAUUUGCAUCUUAAUUAAAUAUUAAAAAUCAUCCAAUGGUCGCAAACCACGUAAAGAGGCUGUAGGCAGACCCUACAGACUGGGUUGCAUCUCAAUAUCGUCCCAUGUUCUAGCUGUCAAUUAGAUAAGUUUCUCUUAUCGCUAAGACUUACUUUAAACAGACUUUUUUUUUUAUUUCUCUCAUGUAUACUUUUUAUCCUUAACCCACAUUUUCAAGCUAUCGAUUAUGCAAGUUUUUUUUGUUAGGAUUUACGUUUUUUCCUGCUCACAUAUAAUUUUUUCCAUUCAUCCACAUUUUGUAGUUGCGGAUAAGGGAAGUUUCCCUGUUUUCCAACUAUCGAUUAGUCAAGUUCCUCCUUUUGCUAGAACUUAUGUUAAAUUAUUUUUUUUCUUCUGUCACAUUUUUUCCCUGACGUAAGUUUCCCUCUUCUCAAUGCAUAAGGGGUUAUAUUAGUGUACAUAUGUUCUAUGGUUGUUCACCGAAUGCUAAAGUUCAAGAUUCAUGACUAAUUCCAUGUUAUUUAAUUGCAAGUUUUACAUGUCACGACACUACUCAUUAAUUAGCAUAUGGACUUUGCUAUGACUAGGAGAAAUCAAUUCAUUGGUAUUUCAAAUGCUACAUAACGACCAAAAUCAAUUUCAAUCCGAAAUGUUUCGAUAAAGUGUCAGCAUAUACCAAAUAGUAAAUUAAAUAUUGGAAAAGUGGUUUGAAAUGAAUAUGAAAUAUUGGAAACUUUCUAGUUGUUAUAUGAAUAAUGGAGUAUUAUGUACAAUGGACUAAAUUUAUACUUAAAUAUUAUUAAAUCUUUCAUAAUUCCUUAAUCUUAAUUUAGUUUUAGGAUAAUUGUUCAUCAAUACAACUAAGUAUUUCUUUCUUAUAAAAUAUUUUAUAAUGGGCAUAAACACAAGUCAAUAAGAAUUAGCCAUUUAUUACAAUCAUAUGUAUAAUGGACAACUUAUACUUUAAUAAUAUUAAAUUACUCAUAAUUCUCUAAAUCUCAAUUUAGUUUCACUUUAAUUAUUCAUCAAUACAACUAUGCAAUUCAUUCUUCUAAGAUAUUUCACCAUGAGCAUAAAUACAAUUUAUUUAUUUUUUGUUAUUUAACCUUCCCCACUAUUGAAGGAUACAUGAUUGGAAAUUGUAGAUUCUAUUGAAUGCUCUGUUUCCAUUCCCAGCUUAAAUUAGUAGAUAGAUGGAGCAUGAUUGGCCAUUUUGUCCAUUUUUAAAUGAUUUAGUACGGAUUCCCCCAUCACCCUCUCCAUUUUGACUUGAAUGCAACUAUCACAAUUGAAUGCUUGAUUUCUAUUCCUAGACGGAAUUCGUAUACAGAUGAAGCAUGAUUGCCCAUUUUAUCUCAUCAUUUGCCCACUUUUUGUACAAUUUAGUACUGGUUUUCCCAUCACCCUCCUCAUCUUGACCUGAAUGCAAGCAUUCCAAUUCAUGUUGAUAUUGACACUCAUGUUUGGUAUAUACAGGUUGACUAUUUAGUGCAAGGAUUAUCUAGAGUUGUACAGGUACGAAACCACUAAAAAACAUGCAGCAGUGUGCAAUAAGAAGCCUAACCCAACUACAAGGGCAGCAAAGAAGGAGGUCUGGAGUUGAUUUCCCCCAUCACCCUUCCCAUCUUGACCUGAAUGCAAUCAUCCCAAUUCACGCUGAUACUGACACUCAUGUUUGGUGCAUAUAUAGGUUGACUAUUGAAUACAAGGAUUAUCUAGAGAUGUAAAGGUAUGGAACCACUAAAGAACAUGCAGUAGUGUGCAAAAAGAAGCCUAAGCCAACUACAAGGGCGGCAAAGAAGGAGGUAUGGAGUAUUGGAGUUGAUUUCCCCCCAUCACCCUCCCCAUCUUGACCUAAAUGCAAUCAUCCCAAUUCACUCGGAUAUUGACACUCAUGUUUGGUAUAUACAGGUUGACUAUUCAGUGCAAGGAUUAUCUAGAGAUGUACAUGCAUAGAACCACUAAAAAACAUGCAGCACUGUGCAAAAAAAAAAAGCCGAACCCAACUACGAUGGCGACAAAGAAGGAGGUCUAGGCAAUAUCACUACAUUGAAGGAGAGUGCCACUGACUAACCAUGUCUAGUUGGUUAGAUCUUCUCGGUGUAUUAGCAUUUGCACUCUUCAAUGUCUCAUUCCACUUCUUACAUGCAUGGUUGAUAGACUUCCAUCGAGUCUUCAAGGCGCAAUUGGUAUGAAAGGUCAUAAAGCCAUUCACAGAAUUUAGAUCUCCAAUUCGUUACCAGAAAGCUAUUGAAGAUUGAUAAUGACCAACUAUAGGAUUUUGUGAAACAUCUAUCCAAGACUUGCAUAAAGCAUAGUCUUCAAGCAUUGUGUAAUUCGGUUUGUAAUCUCCGCCGGAAAAAGCCAUGAUUACUAUGAUAGAGAGUUCGGAAAUAAGAUAAAUUUUUGUUUGGAAAGUAGAAAAAGUAUUUGAGAAGUGUUGGAAGAAAGUGAAGAAUGAGUUCUAUUUAUAGAGCUGGAAUAAAAUAUGAUCAUUGGA